AAUGAGUCAUCACUAUUCGUUUUCAAUCCGGAUGUCGAGAUGAGAAACUUUGGAUUUGCUUACUGUAUAAUUACCGUACCAUUACCAUUUUUAUUUUUUCUGGUUAUCAAGGCACUCUAUUUGAAAAAUCGGGAAACAGCAAACAUGACAUUCAAGCUUAUGAACAUCAUCAAUUGCUCCCAACUUGUUCAGUCCAUCACACACUUUUUAACAGGACCUGGUCUGAUUUUUCCCAAUAUACAAAAACGUUACGGAUUGUUUGUGAAUAUAGUCGGAUGCACCAUGAAUACGUUCUGGAUUGCUGAUUUUCCAAUGAUUUCUCUUUUGGCUGUCAGUAGAAUCUUGGUUUUCACCAAUAGAAUUAAAACCACUCGAUUUCCAAAGCCAAUGAAAGUUCUUAUAUUUCUAUCGUGGUCCUGGAUCGCAUUUGUUCUAAUCUACGGAUGCGCUACUCAAAAUUUGAUCUUUGUGUCGCCAGGAUGGGAUUACGAUUUUAGUGUUCCUUACGCCGAGUUUUUCUCAAAUCUGGAAAUUACAUUGAGCCUCUCUUGUUUGGCUAUUUCGUAUACAUCAUACAUUUCAAUUGCAUUUUUGAUUUACAAGGCAAAAAAUCUGAAAAGUAGUGUUGCCUCCAGAAGGAAUGAAAUAUCAAUUCUAUUCCAAUCUACGUUUGUAACUGGAUAUAUAUCUAUGAUGAUAUACGUAUCGCAUCCAGCUUAUUUCCCUAUGUUCCAGUUUAUUGAAAUGAAUGAUCAAACGAAUCAGGCUCUUCUGAAUUAUAUGUGGAUUUUGCAUUGCUAUGUCAAUCCGUGCAUGCUCUUGGUUUUCAACAAGUGA